AUGGGCAUCGCCACGUUCAUUUCGCGGUACCUUCCGCCCUUCUACGCCUUCUUCGUCGCGCCGCUCAUUGGCGGCCACUCGGACCGGUCGUACUUGUCGUGGGGUCGGCGCAACAAGAGCCUCCUUGUUGGCACCGCGCUCAUCGUCGUGAGCGUGCUUCACACGCUCGCGGCCGCGAACCUCCAGGACAACAUCGUCGUCCUGCCUCUGUCAUACCUCUCGCCGACGUUCUAUUUGCGCCGUGCGGCCUUUCUCCUCAAGGUUGGCGACCUCGACCGGACGCAGUCGGCCAACUCGAUCACUGAGCACUGCGGCGACGGCAACGCACUCUUCAAGGCCUUCCACGACGACGACAUAGUGUACACGAGCGCGAACUGGGACGGCCUCCCGCCCAACGCCUCGCUCCGCGAUGCCCAGCGCCACAAGGUCCAGCGCAUGCUAGGCCUACUGUAG